UCCGUGGCGGGUCCUCUCCACUUCCGGUGCAGACCUGGCGACUUUACCUCGUUGCUCAGAGACCAUACAUUGGCUCCUUAAGGGUGGCCUGUAUCAUGGAGGACUCUUGUGUCCAAGACGUGGCCCAACGUCGUGUGAGAGUUUUAGCCAGAGCUUGCCUCUGGAUGCAGGAGAUUGGAGCUCGCAAUCCCGAUUAUGGAUCACGGCCUCUCGCCCCUCCACACUGCGCACUGGCCGCCCUCCGCGAACGGGCGCCGUGUUCCUCGAGAGGCGCCACUGCGAACUACAUUUCCCAGAGGCCUCCGCGAGAGCAAGGCCGCCUUCUUCGUAUGCCUGCCGGACCCUGGGCCUAGGGCGAAGGGGAAGUGCGUGAAGAACAGCUUUGAGAAGAUCUAAUCAUUUCCUGAAGUACUGAAAGCCAUGGCUGAGAGAUCGGUGAUGUUCACUGAUGUGUCCAUAGACUUCUCUCAGGAGGAGUGGGAGUGCCUGAGCCCUGCUCAGAAGGACUUGUACAGAGAUGUGAUGUUGGAGAACUAUAGCAAUAUGGUUUCUUUGGGACUUCAUAUUGCUAAGCCUCAAGUGAUCUCCCUGCUGGAACAAGGUAUAGAGCCCUGGAUGAUUGGCAGAGAGUUGACCAGAGGCCUGUGCUCAGAUCUGGAAUCAAUGUGUGAAAGCAAGUUACUGUCUUUAAAGAAAGAAGUUUAUGAAAUAGAAUCAUGCCAGAGGGAAAUACUGGGACUUACAAGGCAAGGCCUUGAUUACUCUAGUAUUGGAGAUGUUCUGGAGUAUAAAAGCCACUUUUCAAAACAACCAGGAUAUCAAGAUGGGCAUUUAAGCCAUGGACAGCCCACUCAUGAGUACAUGCCUACAUUCAUUCAACAGACUUUCCUAACCUUACAUCAGGUAAUUAAUAGUGAAGAGAAGCCCUUUGAAUGUAAGAAAUGUAAAAAGACCUUUACUGAGAACUCACAAUUUAUUCGACAUCAGAGAAUUCACAUUGGUGAAAAGUCUUAUGAAUGUAAGGAGUGUGGGAAAUUCUUCAGCUGUGGUUCACAUGUUACUCGACAUCUGAAAAUUCAUACUGGUGAAAAACCCUUUGAAUGUAAAGACUGUGGGAAGGCCUUCAGGUGUAGCUCCUACCUUUCUCAACAUCAGAGAAUUCAUACAGGUAAGAAACCCUAUGAAUGUAAGGAAUGUGGAAAGGCCUUCAGUUACCGUUCAAAUCUUAUUGACCACCAGCGAAUUCACACUGGCGAAAAACCCUAUGAAUGUAAAGUAUGUGGGAAAGCGUUUACAAAGAGCUCACAGCUUUUUCAACAUGUGCGGAUUCAUACAGGCGAGAAACCCUAUGACUGUAAGGAAUGUGGCAAAGCCUUUACUCAAAGCUCAAAGCUUGUUCAGCAUCGAAGAAUCCACACUGGUGAGAAACCCUAUGAGUGCAAGGAAUGUGGGAAAGCUUUUAGUAGUAGCUCAGCACUAACAAAUCAUCAGAGAAUCCACACUGGUGAGAAACCCUAUGACUGUAAGGACUGUGGCAAGGCCUUCACUCAGAGCUCACAACUUCAUAAACAUCAAAGAAUUCAUGCUGGUGAGAAACCUUUUGAAUUUGAGUGUGGGAAGACCUUUACUCAGAACUCGAAACUUUUUCAACAUCAGAGGAUCCACACAGAUGAAAAAACAUAUGAAUGUAAUAAAUGUGGAAAGGCCUUUAAUAAAUGCUCAAACCUUAACCGACAUCUGAGAAUUCACAGUGGUGAAAAGCCCUAUAACUAAAAGGAAUGUGAAAAGCCUUUUAGUAAUGCCUCAGACCUUGUUUGCCAUCAGGGAAUACAUACUAAUGACUAGCAUUCAUGCUCCUUAGUUAACUUUUGUUCACUUUAUUUUACAUUUUUUAGCCCAAAGGUAUCUUGCUGUAGGUUAGGAUUGCAGAGUCUAAGUUGGCAUCCAUGCCACAGUUUCAUACUGAUGCUAUUUCUUUCCCCAUCGUUUGAGGAAAUAUUACAUUGUCUUUUAUAUUGGCUUGUGUCUUAGCACUCUUGUUUUCUGGACUAUAUGUUUGGUGCUUGCACUAGUAUCACGGUGUUUAAAUUGUGCGUCCUUGACAGUUUCAAAUUCUUACAGAUUUGUAAUGGUGUAUUUGAGGUCAGUGUUGGUCUUUUUGUUUCAUUUCACAAGGCUAUUGUUAUUCAAAAAAAUAUCAAAAGCUAAAAAACCAAAAUUGACUGUGAACAUACUAAUUAUGAAUAAUGACUGAAAUUUGUAUAACCAAAUUUGCUCAACUUUAUUUUUUAAGGAAGUAUAAUUUUGGGAUGCAUGCUACAUCAGUUACCUGAUUUUAUCAUUCUAAAAACAGCCAAAUUGCCUUACUAGCAAAUAUAGAUUUUGAUUAUUUUAGUGGCUUAUUUAAUAUAUAUUUUAAAUGGUUAUUAUUUCUAUUGUCGUUACCUUUAACUUUUUGUAAUUAUAACAACUGUCUUCAUUUAUAUGACCCUAAAUUUAUCUUUGGGUUUUUUAAUGUGAAGUCUUUCUGGCUCUGAGGGAAUGGCAGUAGUAAGUGAAAUACCCCAGCAGCUAGGGAUAGAUGAGAAUCUUAAAGCAACCCAAGAAAGACAGGCAUUACAUAUGCACUCAAAAAAAAAAAAAAGGAAAGAUUUGGCCUAGGAGCUUAGGAUGA